CGGGCGCCUGCGCAGUGGCUCCGAGCACGGGCGGUUGCUUGUUGGUUGUUGUAGUAACCGGGGAAGCCACCUUCGGCGGCUGCCGUGAGCCCCGCUGCGGAAGAAGAAGGGAGGUAGGAGCCGAGCGCGGUCCCCGCCUGCCCGCCCCCCGAGCCAUGGGAAAAUGAGACAGGAAUCUGUGCCACCCAAAUUGUCUGAUCCAGUGAAUCUGCAAGAAAAGGUCUGUGAGGCCCCCAGUCUGCUGACUGCAUGACAAACUCUAAAGGAAAUGCCUAUCGUGAUGGCCCGGGACCUGGAGGAAACAGCAUCAUCCUCAGAGGAUGAGGAGGUGGUAAGCCAAGAGGAUCAUCCAUGUAUCAUGUGGACCGGAGGCUGCAGGAGAAUUCCAGUUUUGGUAUUCCAUGCUGAGGCUAUUCUCACAAAGGACAACAACAUUCGAGGAAUUGGAGAACGUUAUCAUUUGUCUUAUAAGAUUGUGCGAACAGACAGUCGCCUGGUACGCAGUAUUCUGACAGCCCAUGGAUUUCAUGAAGUUCACCCAAGCAGCACAGACUAUAAUCUGAUGUGGACAGGAUCCCACCUGAAGCCCUUCUUACUUCGCACCCUCUCUGAAGCACAAAAGGUUAAUCACUUUCCCAGGUCUUAUGAACUAACUCGAAAGGACAGACUAUACAAAAACGUCAUUCGGAUGCAGCAUACGCAUGGAUUCAAGGCUUUCCACAUCCUCCCUCAGACCUUCCUCUUGCCAGCUGAGUACGCGGAAUUUUGUAAUUCAUAUUCAAAGGAUCGGGGACCUUGGAUAGUUAAACCAGUGGCCUCUUCUAGAGGGCGUGGCGUCUACUUGAUCAACAAUCCAAACCAGAUUUCCCUGGAAGAGAAUAUCCUGGUCUCCCGUUAUAUUAACAACCCCCUGCUCAUAGAUGACUUCAAGUUUGACGUGCGCCUCUAUGUGCUCGUGACUUCCUAUGAUCCUCUUGUCAUCUAUCUCUAUGAAGAAGGAUUGGCUAGGUUUGCCACUGUACGAUAUGACCAAGGAGCAAAGAACAUUCGGAAUCAGUUCAUGCACCUUACAAACUACAGUGUGAAUAAGAAGAGUGGAGACUAUGUGAGUUGUGAUGAUCCAGAUGUGGAAGAUUAUGGGAACAAAUGGAGCAUGAGUGCUAUGCUUAGAUACCUGAAACAAGAAGGCAGAGAUACAACUGCAUUGAUGGCCCAUGUGGAAGACCUCAUCAUUAAGACUAUAAUAUCUGCUGAACUAGCUAUUGCUACAGCCUGUAAAACCUUUGUUCCUUAUCGCAGCAGUUGUUUUGAACUGUAUGGCUUCGACGUGCUCAUAGAUUCUACUCUGAAGCCAUGGUUGUUAGAAGUGAAUCUCUCUCCUUCUUUGGCCUGUGAUGCACCUCUGGACCUAAAGAUUAAAGCCAGUAUGAUUUCAGAUAUGUUCACUGUUGUAGGAUUUGUAUGCCAAGAUCCUGCCCAGCGGGCAACAACCCGGCCAAUUUAUCCCACCUUUGAGUCUUCCAGGCGAAAUCCAUUCCAGAAACCUCAGCGUCCAGUAUCUGCACAGUUUCAGUCAUCAAACACCAAGCAGCGUUCCCGUCCACUCUCUGCCAGUGAUGCAGAAAUGAAAAACCUUGUGAGCUCAAGCCGGGAGAAAAUGCUGGGGAAGUUAGGUGGUUCUGUGCUUGGGCUGUCUAUGGAGGAGAUCAAAGUUUUACGGAGGGUAAAGGAGGAAAAUGAUCGGAGAGGUGGAUUUAUUCGCAUAUUUCCUACAUCUGAGACAUGGGAAUUAUAUGGGUCCUACCUCGAACACAAAACCUCUAUGAAUUAUAUGCUAGCAACACGGCUCUUCCAGGACAGGGGAAACCCAAGAAGAAGCUUAUUGGCUGGAAGAACACGACCGAUUACUGAUGGAGCACCAGAACUGAAGGUAGAGAGCAUGAAUUCAAAGGCCACGCUGCAUGCUGCUCUUUAUGAGAGGAAGCUCCUGUCUCUGGAGGUGCGAAAACGUAGACGACGGAGUGGCAGAAUGAGGGCAAUAAGGCCAAAAUACCCAGUGAUUACCCAACCAGCUGAAAUGAAUGUUAAAACUGAGACAGAGAGUGAAGAGGAGGAAGAAGAGGUUACAUUAGACAAUGAAGAUGAAGAACAGGAAGCUUCUCAAGAGGAGUCUUCAAGUUCUAUUGGAGAAAAUCAAGACAAACACAUGCCUUCCUCACUGACUGUUAUGAUAGAAAAUUCACCUAAAGAAAAUUCUGUGCAAGUUCCUGAGUGGGAGGAUAAAACUGACCAGUGCUGCAAAAUUGAGACUCAGGAGCCAGAAUCUAAGUUUAAUCUGAUGCAGAUUCUGCAAAAUAAUGGAAAUCUAAGCAGAGUGCAGGCCCGAUUAGCAUUCUCUGCCUAUCUCCAGCAUGUGCAAAUUCGCCUGACAAAAGACAAUGGAGAUCAGACGCUCAGUGCCAGUUGGGCUGCCAAAGAGGAUGAACAGAUGGAGCUGGUAGUUCGUUUUCUCAAGCGAGCGUCAAGUAACCUCCAGCAUUCACUGAGGAUGAUACUACCCAGUCGACGAUUAGCACUUCUGGAACGCAGAAGAAUCCUUGCUCACCAACUAGGUGACUUUAUCCUUGUGUACAACAAGGAAACAGAACAAAUGGCUGAAAAGAAAUCAAAGAAAAAAUUUGAAGAAGAGGAGGAGGAUGGAGUGAAUGCAGAAAACUUCCAAGACUUCAUCACACAAGCCAGUGAGGCUGAACUGGAAGAGGUGUUAACUUUUUAUACCCAAAAAAACAAAUCUGCAAGUGUCUUCCUGGGGACUCACUCUAAAAGUUCUAAGAACCGAAAUAGUUAUUCUGAUAGUGGGGCAAAAGGUGAUCACCCUGAGACAACACAAGAAGUGAAAAUAAAGCAGCCCAAACAGCAACAGGUCACAGAGAUUCACUCUGAUAAAUUAUCUCGAUUUACCACUUCAGCAGGAAAAGAGGCUAAAUUAGUCUAUACCAAUUGUUCCUCUGCUUCUUUCUCUGGUCCUGCUACUACUCUUCUGCAGAAACUUCCCAGCACCCAUUUGUCAUCUAUGAAAAACUCUGCCCUCUCACCAGGGCCUGUCCACUUUUCUUUGUCUCAGAUUCCUUCAGCUAUCCUCAGCAUGCCUCACCAGCCAACAGUUUUACUGAACCCAGUCCCUGACAGUGCUUCUUUCUCCAUACAUCCUGGGACAGAGAACCUACCAAGCCCCGCUGGCCUGCCACGCUGUCGAUCAGGCAGUUACACCUCUGGCCCCUUUUCCUCUUUCCAAAGUGCUGCACAAAUCUAUAGCCAGAAACUGUCUCGUUCCUCUUCAGCAAAGGCAGCAGGUUUAUGCCAUCCUCACAAGCAUCAUUCAGGAGUAGCCAAAACACAAAAAGAAGGAGACGAUGGUUUCUACAACAAACGGUACAACCAAACUCUGGUUACAGCUGAACUCCAGAGGCUGGCUGAGAAACAGGCAGCAAGGCAGUAUUCUCCCGCCAGCCACAUCAGUCUCCUCUCUCAACAGGUAGCAAACCUGAAUUUGGCAAGUGCCGUCUUAAAUAGAAGCAGUGCUUCAACUCCCCCCACCCUCCGACCUCUCAUCAGUCCUAGUGGGCCAACGUGGUCGAUGCAGACAGACCCUCUUGCUCUUGAGAACCCUUCAAGCCCCAUUGGAAGCAGGAGCCUCCAAACAGGUGGCCUUGCCUGGGAAGGAGAAGUAGAAAACAACGCAUAUAGCAAGGCUACAGGGGUGGCCCCCCAGCACAAGUAUCACCCCACAGCAGGCAGUUACCAACUCCAUUUUGCCCUCCAGCAACUUGAACAACAGAAACUUCAGUCCCGGCAGCUUCUGGACCAAAGUCGAGCUCGGCACCAGGCGAUCUUUGGCAACCAAACAUUCCCUAGCUCCAAUUUAUGGACAAUGAAUAAUGGUGCAGGCUGCAGAAUUUCAAGUGCCACAGCUGGUGGCCAGAAGCCAACCACUCUGCCACAAAAAGUGGUGCCACCUCCAAGUUCCUCCUCCCUGCUCCCUAAACCCCCAUCUAAUCACAAACAAAUGCUCAGAAAGGCAACAUCCCAGAGAGCUUCCAAAGGGUCCUCAACAGAAGGGCAGCUGAAUGGACUCCAAAGCAGCCUUAAUCCUGCAGCCUUCAUGCCCACCACCAGCUCCACAGAUCCCACUCACACUGACAGAUGAACCACAGACACCGGAAGAACCCAUUCGCUGCUCCUGGGUGCGAGAUUGCGGGCAAAGCAUCCACCAGCAUGGCAGGGGUCCAUGGUAUUAUUUUGCGGCCUCAGAGUCCCCAAGGCCCUCAAGCAGAAGUGGCAGUAGAUGGUUGCCAUCAGCCAAGCCAGACUUGUACUGAAACAACAGGAAAGCACAUCCUCUGAGCUUGGAUGGAACUUGGCAGUGGGGACGCCGAGCUGCUGCACUCACCCACAUCAGCACAUACUUAUUUUACCUCCCCUCACCCCCCCGCCCCAACCUGCUUAGGUCUUUGUACCUUUCCUGCUGCUGCACAGAGAUGAUAUAAAAGAGGCUCUUUGGCUAUUUGCAUUUUGCUUCCUCUUCUUUUCCAGAUUGCACUAUUAAGUUUCAUUUUCUAUGUACAAGCUUAAAGUCUCCAUAUCAUUAUUUAUCAGAGCUGUUCUUCCCUUUUCAGAGGGCCGGGGGGAGGGGAGGCACACACCACAAGUUCCCCAGCGCAUGGAGACAGGGUGGCAUGCUGCUGGUGUGAGCCACGCUACAGGCAACCCUGUGGAAUUACUGAUUUCUAAGAUUAAUAAAGUAAUUCGAUUUUUA